CCAACACGAUCCAGAAACGAAAUAGCCUCGUCGGGCGAUCACUCAAACCGACGGCGUAACAGCGGCUCAUAACGGCAGGGAAACGCUCCGAGCCAUCGUUCGUCGUGAACGAGAAGCGUAGCAACAUGUACACACAAAGCCAGUUGAGCCCCCGUGAUAUGCAAGGCCAAGGGCCAAUUCAGUCCUUCUCGGCUUCUGGGCAACAGCAACAGAACGAGCGCCAAAUGCAGGACCAGUUUCAAACGAUGUCGCAAGAUCAAGCCAAGAUGACAUCACACCACCAAGGGUACAACGGUCAAGCGUCGGAUCACCAUUCCCAGCAGCACGACAAUUGCAUGCAAGAGCACGGACAUUUGCAUGGCAUGAUGAACGACCAGCAACUUCAGUUGCAGCAAAACCACAUGCACGCACAACUCCAAGGAGAUCUACAAGGUCAAAUGCAGAGUCAAAUUCAACGACAAAUGCACGAACAAAUGCAAGAGCAGAUGCAGCGACAAAUGCAAAACCAAUUGUCGCCGUCGUCCAUGAUGCACGGUGGGCACUUGCAAAACCAGGCGUCGUCGUACUCGCACGCGAUGGUGCAUCCGCACAUUCCUGGAUUAAUUCCAGGGCAAAUGGGCCUCCAGUUAAAGAACCAACGAAGACAUCAUGGCAUGGUUGACAAGGGAAUGGACAACAUGCGCCUUCCCAUCGGGACCCAUGACAUGGGGGGCAUGAUGGAGGCUGACGAUUUGGAGAUGGAACAACGACUGCAUUCAGGGCUGGAUUACGACGAUGAUGACGAUGACGACGACGACGGCAAGAAGGGCAAGGGUGACGCAAACAGCAAGAAACCGUGGACUCGCGAAGAAAAUGAAAAACUCAUGCUGUUGGUCAAACAAUACGGGGCCAAGCGGUGGUCACUCAUUGCGAUGCAUUUGCCUGGUCGUGUCGGCAAGCAAUGCCGCGAGCGGUGGCACAACCAUUUGAAUCCCGCCGUCCGCAAAGAUGCUUGGACUGCUGAGGAAGACUACGUGAUAUUUGAGUGCCACAAAAACGUGGGCAACCAGUGGGCCGAAAUUUCCAAGAUGCUACCAGGGCGCACAGAUAACGCGAUCAAGAACAGAUACUAUUCGACAAUGCGAAGGAUGCAGCGUCAGUCGCUCCGGAAGAAAGGUGGCGGUGGCAUCUCGACAGGAGCGCGGGAUACCAAGCCUCGAUCCCAAUCCAUGGUGACAUCGUCCCCCACGAAUGAAGACAACUCGAGGCACAUGUUCCCACGCGGCAAGCAGUUUCAGAAGCUCGUGUUGUCUGCUCACGGCGACAAGGUCGACAGCAAUUUCUUUUCAGACUACGACCAAGUCAUGCAACGACAGCAGCCGCAUGGAGUCAUGGAAUUCGGGACUCCGUCCUUGUCCAGUUCGAUUCCCGGAUUUCCGUCGGAAUACAACCAAAACGGGUCGUUCUCGUACGAUGGCACCCUGCGCCGACACUCGUCAACAUCGGAUGCCCCCCACAUGAACAUGUACCAACACCCGCCCAUGCACUUGUCUCCAACAGCAUCCUCAUAUGACAAUCAACGAGAGGAGACUGACGAGGACAAGAGGCAACAGCACGACGGAUUGGGUGGUGGCAACCACCACAACACAAUAGAUGAUAAGCCGCGCCAUCCGUCGGUCAACGCUCGACUGUUCGCCACGGCGUUGCCGGCGCAAGUGAGCGGAAACAAUGGCGGACUCUCGUCUUUAGAGCCAUUGAAGGACAACAAAGUUGUAGGAUUUGACUCGAUUGCGGAGACCCAAGAAGUUUACAUAUAAAUUUACUUGAUGAUGUGUGCGUUGAUCAUGAGCCA